AUGGAAUUUUUAGGUGUGAAAAGGCAAGAACAGAAACAAUCAAAAUCACAGGAAAAUGCAGGUUAUGUAUGCUUGGAAAGAACACAAGAAGGCAUUACAUCUCCGAAAAGCGAAAAUGUUAAGCCAACAGAAAAUGUAAGAGCAACAGAUGCCUUUAGCGAGACGAAAGUAACACAAGAAUAUCCGGAAGAAGACGUUGACCUGAAGGCUGAAGCACUACCAGAAAUCAAAGCAGGCACAAUGGAUGUUGCAGACUGCCGUGAUCCAAACUAUAAGACGUUAAAUUUUUUUAUGGAUAAAGAUAUAGACGUUUUUGGAGCAGACAAGUGGAAACCGGGACAACCGAGAGUUGGCACCAUGCAAAAGUUGUCAGAAGAUGAGUUUGCUGUUAGACUGCAAAAAAUUAAAGCUCGAUAUGGCUUAGAAACGGAAGCAGAACUUCAACCACAACCUGUCAUCAACUGGAAUACUUUAUUUAAUGAUAAGAAUUAUAAACAACAAGGUGAAUUAAUAGUUCUCACAGUGCCUAACAAAGACGUGCAGCACGUGCUGAUAGGAAAGAAAUGA